GGGCUGGCGGCUGGCUGCUGAGAGGCUGGUCCCGGGAGCCGGAGCCCAGCUGUUACCUGGAGAGGCCGCCGCCGCCGCCGCCGCCGCCCUCGCGGCUUCUGUCACAGCAGAAGCCCGGGGCAGCUGGAGAGGAGCCCGGGAGCAGCCCGAGCGCCUGGCAGGAUGGCUGUGGCUCCUCCCAGUUAUUGUUUUGUUGCUUUUCCACCACGCACUAAAGAUGUUGUGUUUGGAAAAAAUUCUGCACGGCCUCGAGAAGAAGUACAGGAGGUGGUCUACUUUGCUGCUGCUGCUCAUGAUCCAGGAAGCAAAGUUGAGUGUACAUACAUUGCAAUUGAUCAGGUGCCGAAGACUCAUGCUAUUGUACUAAGCAGACCUGCCUGGCUUUGGGGGGCAGAAAUGGGAGCCAAUGAACAUGGAGUCUGCAUCGCUAAUGAAGCCAUCACCACCAGAGAGCCAGCUUCUGAAACUGAAGCCCUGCUGGGAAUGGAUCUUGUCAGGCUUGGCCUAGAAAGAGGUGCAACAGCUAAAGAGGCCUUAAAUGUAAUAGUUUCUUUGUUGGACAAGAAUGGACAAGGUGGAAAUUAUUAUGAAGAUGGGAGCUCCUGCCAUGCUUUCCAAAGCGCAUUUCUGAUUGUGGACAGAGCAGAAGCCUGGAUAUUGGAGACUGUUGGGAAAUAUUGGGCAGCAGAAAAAAUCACAGAGGGAGUAAAGUGCAUUUGCAACCAGCUUUCAUUAACUACAAAAAUUGAUGUUGAGCAUCCUGAGCUUAGGAGUUAUGCAGAGACUCAAGGCUGGUGGACUGGAGAUACAGAAUUCAAUUUUUCUGAAGUGUUUUCUCUAGCUGAGGACCAUUUAGGCUGCUGCUCAGGCCAGGAGAGCCUAGAAAAACAAGAAGGAAAUAUCACUGUGCGAACAAUGAUGGAGGUCUUGCGUGACAAAGCUAGUGGUGUCUGUGUGGACUCCGAAACGUUCCUCACUACAGCUAGCAUAGUGUCUGUUUUGCCUCAGAACCCUACUUCUCCCUGCAUUCACUACUUCACUGGCACUCCGGACCCUUCAAGGUCCAUAUUUAAACCUUUCAUCUUCGUUGAUGACGUCAAACUAGUACCAAAAGUUCAAUCGCCUUUACUUGGUGAUGAUGAUCCUGUAAAAAAGAGACCUCGGUUCCAGGAGAAGCCUGACCGGAGACAUGAACUGUACAAGGCACAUGAGCGGGCCCGAUCUGUCACUGAGAAUAAUCAGGAUAAAGGUCAGAAGCUGAUGAGGAUUAUGUUAGACCUUGAAAGACAAGGCUUAGAAGCUAUGGAGGACAUCCUCACCAGUACAGAGGUUCUGGAUCCUGCUGAAGUAGCAGACCUUUUCUAUGACUGUGUCGAUACAGAAAUUAAGUUCUUCAAGUGAACCACAGUGGACACCGUUAGCCUUUUCACAAGAAGACUCUAUAGUUCUUCGAGCCUUGAAAGAUAGUCUCCAGUCCACAUAGCUGAAUUUGCAGGAGGAAAACAAACAAAAAGCCUUCUGUCUUUCUAGAAAAAUGUUCCUCAGUAGCUAUAUUGAGUUAACAAAAUUGCUUUCCUUUGUCCAAUCAUGCGGUGGUCCCGUUCUGUGUGUAGUGAAAGGAGAGAGUCACUGUUUGGUCCGUGUGUGCAUGCCAGCUAAUGUAGUGCAGAAUGUUUCAUUGUUUGGGCAACAAAAAAUUAAAACAAGGAAUAACUUCAAUCCAGUGUAAUUUCCAUAUAAUCUUUUAAAGCAAACAAUUGUUUUUGUUUGUUUUUAUCUCCCCCUCCCCCUACAUAGCUCAGGCUAGGUAGCAAAGUUCAAAUGCUUAGAAUUUCACCAGGUAAGUGUACGCUUCCCACUUCACAUUGGAAACUACAGAGGUUUUAAAAACAAAAACAGCAGCAUCUGAAUUAGAGAUAAGGCCUGAUUCUGAGCUUGCUUGUGUAACUCUGUUGGCUGCAAUGGAGCCACUCCUGACUUAUGCCAGAACACAUGAGCAGAAUCAUGCCCCCCAGGGCUCAGUGCUGCCCUCAUCUGUUCAUACCUUGGAAAAACAACUAUUGCACUUGUGAUGUCUGGUAGGUUUUUUUUUUCCUUUCCCUAGAUUCAUAGUACUGUGUAUUGCAGGCAGAAUCAAACGGAGCGCCUGGUACAUUGUGUAAUCAAAUGACUCCAAGGCAGCAUUGAUAGACACAACAAUGCAGUGACAGCUCAGUCAGAACACUUCUUUUGUUCCAACAGAGGCUGGGUGUUGAAAAUAAAAUUAGGGACAGCAGUCUGGCUGCCGUAUGAAAGACAAUUCUGUGAGUUCUCCAAAUGGUAUGUGCUCUUUACACCCGGAGGAAAUCUCCACUUAUUUAGUACAAGGAAAAGGAAACGAUCAUGACUGAACUGUUGCUUAGUCCUUGCAAGGCACAAAUUCACAGCGAAGCUAAGAUCUGAAUGUUACUCCUUUACACUCUGCAGGGAGGAGGAUACAAAUGGUUUAUUUGCAGUUUUUCAUCAGCAUUCAAACACCAGUUUACCCACUGCAUUCAUAUUUGGAUUCAUGUGACUCCAGUGAUUAUCUACUUUUCAUGUGCUCUUGCCAUAACUCCUUCACUUUAAGAAGUUAACCCAGUGCAGAGGGUGAGCUUUGAUCAAGGAACCUUCUUAACUCAUGACACGAGGGACAAUAUUAGAGCUGGGUGGAGACAAGGUGUUAUUUCCCACCCAUUGAAAUAUUGCAGCAGCAUGAACAAACCAGUUUUUCUUUUGGAGGGAGGUUGAUGAUUGAGAAGACAAGUCCCCACUGAGGAACUGAAGUUUCUCGGAAGGGGAGCAUCAGUUUACCACCCUUUUGACACUGACAGUGUGUUUGGGGGCUGCACCCAACCCCUAGAAAAUAUGUAGCUCUCGGAUGCUUGGAAUCAGCAUCAAACAUCUUACAAACACAGUUUAAGGAAGUUUUUACUAAUGCUUCAUCUGCCACUUGCAGCUCUAAAUCCAUUCAGCAGACACGUAAGUCUAUAUUUAUGCUGUGGCUACACAAAGCCUCUACAGCCAUAAAAUAAUGCCUUCAAUUUACUUGCUUUCUGUUAAACUCCUGUAGUGGCUUUAUCAGAUCUCCUCAAACAACAGUAUUAAUCCAGGCUAUUGUAGAAUACAAUUUCAAAAAGAUCUGCCAGUGAAAUACAUCUGGGCUCAAACUGAUUUUCUGAUUGUUACUGCUCUUCCCCUUUAAUUCUCUUUGUAUCCCCUUUUGGGUUUUUUAUGUGUCUUUGUUUUUUGAACUUACCUCCCUUCUUCCAUAAGUACUAUAAUUCCAACUUGCUUCAAAUGGAAACAGGACAGAGGUGAUCCACACCUCUCUAGGAGUCCUACAUUCCAUGCCCUUGACUUUGCAGGUAACAUUGAACAUGUCUCUUAGGCAGCGUAGCUGCCAAUCCAAGUGUAAGACAGUGGCCACUAUACCAAGUAUCCAGAUAACCUCAGUAACUGUUCAGAGGUGAGCCACUGUGUACUAUGAUGUUUUACCAUUUUGUAGUGCAUGAAAUAGCUAUAAUAACCAUAUUUUAUAGUGUGUUUCUGUAAUUCUUUUAAUAUGCUGUGCAAUACAGCAGAGCCAGGGAGCUGUGGGAGAGGGGAGAUAUAUAAGCCCUAGCCUAAUUACGGUGUGGUUCGCUGUAGAAAAGGAAAGGUUACUUCAGGUUAAUAGGAGCACCUGUAGUCAAUUAAGGCCCGUCAGAAACCUAAUAAAACCUCCCUGCUUCAGGCAGAGAGGGUGUUGCUGAGAACUGGAGGAAGGGAGACUUCCUCUCCCAGUGUCAAGGACUGAGGGUAAGAAACUUGUAGGGGUUGGGGCUUAGAGUGAGGAGCAAACCCAGACCCAUUCCCCACUUCCCUCCUCUACCACCUUCCAGGGCCAGUAGUGGGGCCCUUGAUGCCCCAACAGCAAGGGCAAGGGGUGGUGUCCUAGCCCCCCUGCCGAGAAAAGCAUGGGACCCACCAAAACAACAUUGGCCAUUUUGCCACAGCUGCUGUACAUUGAAUCAUCAGUGAUUUAAAACAGCCAAAGCAGUAUUGUGCAUAGUCAAAAAAAUUUCAUCCAUAAUUUAAGAAGUGCCAAAGAGGCCAGUAUUCAGCAGAAUAUAUAAUACAAAUAUGUGUGCUGCCAAAGCAAGGUAAAUGUAAUGGAAACGUAGCCAAGUAAUGACUGACUGGAGUUUUAAAGUUUGCUUGUCAGAUUCUGAAAUAAAAUAAAGAUGAAAGGAAUAUUCUUUAGCACAUACGGUCUCAAAAUGUGAUACUGAAUGACAGUGUCAACCAUUUCAUAUAGUCAAUAGAGAUUCUAAAACUAUACCCAAACCAUGGAAUACCAGCAACUGGCUAGACAGGCUUGUGCAUUAGGGAAAUGCAGGCAGGCAGUGCUUAUUGUGCCUUUUGCGCUAGUGUGUUGGAUUCUCUUACAUAGUAACUAAUUUGGUGUGUGUAAUCAUGUUCUAUGUUGCCUAGGUGUAAAUGAUUGCAGUGUUGUGGUAAAUAAAACUAAUGUAAGUAUAUGCUCUUGGAAAUAAGAGUAUAUACUGAUUCACUGAAGAGCUGGUCCACUUAAAUAAGUAAAAUGUCUUGAGAGCCUUG